AAUUUGUGUCUGAACAAAUAUAUAUUAUAUAUCUAAUUAUACAUCAAUACAUGUACUGUUAUCUGUUAAUCUGGAAGAUCUCAGAGCACAGAUUGCCUUGCAGCAUGGAUUCUCCAUAUGCAGCCUUACAGUACUGUCCAGAGCACGCCUUUCAGCGGCUGAGAGACCCUUCUGCUCGCCUGUCCUGGACAGAGAGCUCAUUCCUCGCCACCAUGUCACAGUCACAAUCAUCACAGCCAUCAACAGUGAGUGACAUCGUCAGCCAGGAUGUCUUUAACCAGCUCCUGGAAAUGCUGGACCAGUCAGCCUUUCAUUCAGUUCAGCCCAUAGAACUCAACUUCUCAGAGCAACCGGUGGAUGGGUCCCCAGGUAACACUAUUGAAAUCAGCAUGGAUUGCAUCACCAUGCACAGCCCCGAUGAACACCUUACUUCUCAGUACACAAAUCUGGGGCUCCUAAACGGCAUGGACCAGCAGAUACAAAAUGGUGGCUCUUCUUCAACGAGCCCCUACAACAAUGAGCAUGCUCAGAGCAGCGUGACAGCACCAUCUCCCUACGCACAGCCGAGCUCCACCUUUGAGGCCCUCUCACCAUCCCCUGCAAUCCCAUCUAACACUGACUAUGCCGGUCCCCACACAUUUGACGUUUCCUUCCAGCAGUCCAGUACAGCCAAGUCUGCCACCUGGACAUAUUCUACUGAACUGAAGAAGCUUUACUGUCAGAUCGCCAAGACUUGUCCCAUUCAGAUAAAGGUUAUGACCAGUCCACCCCAAGGUGCAGUGAUCCGGGCCAUGCCUGUGUACAAGAAGGCAGAGCAUGUGACUGAGGUGGUCAAGCGCUGCCCCAACCAUGAGCUCAGCCGUGAGUUUAAUGAUGGUCAAAUAGCUCCUCCCAGUCACCUGAUCAGAGUGGAGGGAAACAGUAAUGCUCAGUAUGUGGAAGACUCAAUAACAGGCCGGCAGAGCGUGUUGGUAUCAUAUGAACCCCCCCAGGUGGGCACGGAGUUCACUACUAUUCUGUAUAAUUUUAUGUGCAACUCCAGUUGCGUUGGAGGAAUGAACAGGCGUCCUAUUCUCAUUAUCGUCACUCUGGAAACCAGAGAUGGCCAGGUACUGGGACGGCGCUGCUUCGAGGCCCGGAUCUGUGCCUGUCCUGGCAGGGACCGCAAGGCAGAUGAGGACAGCAUCCGCAAGCAGCAUGUGACAGACGGCACAAAGAGCAGUGAGGGUACGAAACGCCCGUUUCGGCAGGCCUCGCAUGGAAUCCAGGUGUCUUCCAUCAAGAAGAGAAGAUCCACAGACGAGGAAGUGUUCUGUCUCCCUAUUAAAGGGCGUGAGAUCUAUGAGAUACUGGUGAAAAUUAAAGAGUCUCUGGAGCUCAUGCAGUUUCUGCCCCAGCACACUAUUGAGUCAUACAGACAGCAGCAGCAGAAUCUUAUCCAGAAACAAAAUUCCAUCCAAUCCCAGACACCCUUUGGUUCCAGUUCCCCUCCCCAUGGCAAGGUGAACAAGCUUCCGUCUGUCAGCCAGAUCAUCAACAAUCAGCAGCGCAACUCACUGACCCCGGCCAGUAUGUCUGGGGGCUUGAGUGACAUGGCUCCCAUGAUGAGCACGCAUAUUCCCAUGGGUACUGACAUGACCACACUAAGUCCAACCCAUACCCUACAAUCUCAGUUACCCAUGGUACCUGCUUCCCACUGCACUCCUCCUCCACCCUACCCAAUGGACUGCAGCAUAUCCAGCUUCCUGCUGCGGCUGGGCUGCUCAGCCUGCCUCGAUUACUUCACUGCUCAGGGUCUGACCAAUAUUUACCAGAUUGAGAACUACAACAUAGAGGACCUGUCCCGGCUCAAGAUCCCCACUGAGUUCCAGCACGUCAUCUGGAAGGGGAUCCUUGAACACCGGCAGACAAUGGAGUUCUCUCCACCACCCCAUAUCCUCCGAACCACGAGCGGCUCCUCCACGGUGAGUGUAGGCUCCACAGAGGCUCGCAGUGAGCGUGUCAUCGAUGCUGUGCGUUUCACGCUGCGCCAGACCAUCUCCUUCCCCCCGCGUGAUGACUGGAGUGACUUCUCCUUCGACAUGGACUCUCGCCGCAAGCAGCAGCGUAUCAAAGAAGAGGGGGAAUGAGUGGCCUGUGUUCUUCAUAGCUGGAAAAUCCCCCACUGUCAAAUAAUGUUUGUUUCCACAACCCAAAAAAAUUGCUUUUUACUAAAUGCCCUCAUGAACACAGUCUACUUUCCUUUUAUGGUAAAAAUAUGCACUUAUUUCUUUUCAGGAGCUUGGCAGUGGUGGAUCAUUUAUUUUAAUAUCUUGAACAGAGCACUUACCAUAUGCCCAUAAAUGAUUUUUAUCCAUGGUUUAGUUAUUGAAUGAUAAAUUCCAGUUGGAUGUAGCUGGAUUUAUGGCGGAAGUUUUUGUUAAGAAAAAUGAGAUGGACACUGCCUGUUUCUCACUGCCUUGUCAGUUUUAUAAUGGUCUAGUCAACCUCUUUCAAAACAGCAUGUUGUCCAUCCUGACAUUGACCUGUUACGAUUGUAUAUAUCCGAAGUGUUUCACUACUAUGUUAGUGUUUGUUCCAUAUUGUCAGAGGAAAGUAUUAUUCUAUCUUUAAAUGUAAGGUUUUCAGACUGUAGUUUCAUUUUGCAAAAGUGUGGCUCUAAAUGCAUCGUAUUACCAUUUGUUGCACUUAAAGUAUUGUAUUAUGGCUAUAUAGUUGGUUUUUAGCCAUCCCCUGUCUUAAAAAAUGCAUUCAAGGAUAGAUGUUCAGUUUUUAAUAUCUGGCUGCUUUUUUGGUGACCAGACUCUAAGGAUACUGAACUGAGAAAUAAAUGUGUUUUACAGGAGUAUGUCCAGCAAACCACAAUAAGAAAUAUAUUGGUAGCUUUAAAGCAUUUCAUUCUUAAUUUUACAUUUUUCUUGAUUUUUCUUGGAUCUAUUGUGUAGCAGCAAACACUUCUCACAGUUUCCUUGUUAACAGUAUUUUGUGUUUUUUGUAUUUUUCAUUUGAAAAAGAGAUAUGAUUCCCCCCCCCCUCCCCCAGAUGGAGUAAAAUAAUUUGUUUUUUGAAUAGUUGGAUCUUUUUCAUCUUAGCAGUAACUAAUGGGUUGUAUUCAACUUUCCAAUGGAUAAACUGUUGUUCUAAAUUUUUGCAUAUUGUUAUAUGCUUAAAUAUGCAAGGGAUAUUUUGUAUUUUUAAGGGUAAGGAAGUUUUAGGUUGCUUUAUCACAUUUCUGCUGCUCAAAUAAUAAAUAACCAAGUGACUGCAAUUUGAUUUUGUUCAAAAUAUAGUUCUACUCAACUGUAUGUAUGCAUCUCUUUAUAAUAAAAUACUAUUGUGUGUCCUGAAUUUCAGAUAAAGGUAUUAAAAAUAUUUGUUUUUUUUUAAUGGCAGACAGCAUAUAGUGCGAAGAUUGUGGUGUAAGGAGGUGGAAUACCUUUAAUAUUAUGUUACUCUAUUAAAGAGUAAAAUAUGUAGGGUUAAAACAUUUCAGGUUGACCCAAAGCACAGUGAAAGGUAAAUUUUUUUUUCAUAUUUUUGAAUAUGAAAUGUUUUCAAAACAGACAUUUCGGAGAGAACCACAUGUGAAUGUCACAUUAUUACUUUCAUUUUGUAUUUCGUGUUUGUUUUUAUAUUUACUUAUUCUGGAAACUGUCAUUUUGUAAAAUGUUUUGUAAAUACAUCGCAAUUUACAGAUUUAUAAACAAGUUUUCCAUAUUUUCAUACAAACUAAAUAAAAAUAAAGAUAACUGGUUAAUGAAA